AUGGCUUCUGCAACCACCAUCCACUUGUCCCCCGCAACAGACUCGGGCGUUUUUAGCUCGGGAGUGAGGGAGGAUGCAGCUCGCACGGCGAGUGAAUUGCUGCAGGAGGAUAUGGAGCUGCAUCAUGUCUUCUUCAAUAACCAAGGGUUCCACAAUCAUAUCGCGCACGAGGUCCUUACCCUAUACGCCUUGGGCGCCACGCCAGAGCAUAUCCGGGCCGGCUACAACCGAAAUAAGAGCUACCAGCGGCCAGUUUUCCCCACGGACAAGAGCGUUGUUUCCGCACUGCACGAGCCGACCAAGUUCUACGAGUAUUGUGGGAAGGACGAGCACUACCCCAAUUUCCUGGCGUUCUUCCAGCAUGAGAUCGAUGCCAAGGGCGUCGGUCCGGUACUGAGGGAGUAUCUGUUUGCCGGGGACGAGCGAGCAGAAGAUAUGCUGUCGCGGCUGUGGGGUGGUCUCAUUCACCCGCUGAUCCAUUUGGGGUUCGCACUGGAAUUCAAUCAGCCCGCCAUUGUCGCUCAGGCUCUUGCGCAGACGGCCGUUCACAGAAGCUGGAUCGGGAGCGCAUUCUUCCUGCCUGCCGAGAAGUUGGCGGGCGGGAUUGGAAAGCCAGGACCCAAGCCAGUUUCCCAGCUCUUGGCUGAGAUCCGCCAGGAUCAAACCCUUACCCACAGUGUGCAAUGGUCGGACUCGGAUAAAUUCAGAGAUGGAGUCCUGGGUCGAGCUCCGCAGCAGAUGCUGGACUAUGCGGCUCAGUUCACCGUGUCUGCGGACCAGAUGGAAGCCCGAUUGGCGGACAUGAUCAACACCGUUGUCUACUAUACCAGUGCUGCGCAGCGGCCGACCAAAGAGAUCAGAUUCGACUUUUUCUUCAUCCACGCCGUCAACUCGUCCAUCUUCUUCUCCAAGAUCAUUCAGCUUCCGUUCCUGGACCAGGAGACUAGGAUCCGUAUGCUGGAGUGGAAAGGCCGCAUGGAUCUUCUGAUGUAUGUGUCUCGCGGUGCGCCAGACCUGCUGUUAGACGAAAUCGCCAGGUAUCCUGCCAAGGAUGACUGGCCGACCCUCUUCGAACGCAGCAUCGCACACCCCAGUGACGAUGGGCAUCUGGCCAAGUUGGUGCGAGCUGUCGCGCACGGACAGAAGGUGUGCCAGGCAUUUGAGGGCCAGGACCUGCAGCCCAUGCCACUUUCUGGGGAUCUUUGGCUCAAGAUCGGGAACAUGGCUGUUGACUCCACUGUUGAGGAGGGAGAGCAACCGAUGUGGAUCCGCUCUGCGGGCUUCGAUGAGGCAUGGGCACGGUUCAAACCUCGCGCUCAUGCGUGA